AUGGCUGAGGUGCUGGGUUCUGGCGAAGCAAUCGUAGCUCUUCAUCCGAAUUAUCCUUCCAGCGAACACAAUUGGAAGCUGAACAUCAGUGUUAUCGAGCUACCGAAAAUAACGCUUGACCAGUAUAACAGCCAGAUGCCUAGCUACGACGGACCCAUCGGUGCCGGGAAAAACCUUCUGGCUGUUGUUGGGACAACAAUGGCCCAUUAUCUGCACUCCGGGGCGCUCACUCCGUACCACAAUAUUUGUAUGGGUGACUUUGGCUCCGGGCUGUAUGCGAAUUACAAUAACAAGCUGGUGGUCGCUGGCAUUACUAGUUUUAUAGCAAAUUUCGGCGAUAACAAGUACGGCAACGCCAAGGGUCUCAGUUUUGCUGUAACAUUGUGUAUCAUAUGGUCUUUAUUAUGA